UUCGAACGCACUCAGUUUGCGAUUGCAUUGCAAGGCACGGAAAGGAAAAUUUUUAUGUACCGUUUUCUUUAUCUAAAAUCGGUAGUGUAAAUACUAAUUUGGUAGUUGAUAAAUUAAAAUCCAACGAGGCGUAGACUGUUAAUUUAUUCGGGUGAAAUUCCUCUGUGAAGAAGUUGUGAAUCGUGAAAAAAAUGAGUUUUGUGUAGGUCGUGAUUUUUGCGAUUUGUCGGCGCCAGUAUGUCUGAUGAGCCUGAGGCUCGGAUGUGGGAUGAGGAGCGAGGGUCCUGCUACGAGUCCCGGGGCCGCGGUGCCUACUACGAGUCCGCCUUCGCCUCCUCUGAACAGUUGGACAGAGCUCCUCUAUUAGCUGACGAGUCCUACACGGAGGUGGCGGUAUCAGGCACUGGGUCAGGUGCUCACUGCCACUGGCGCGCGGCCGCGGAGCCCCCCAGCGCCGUGCGGCAGCUCACCGUCGCGCUCGUGUUGUGUGGGAUUUUCAUGAUAUGCGAGCUGAUCGGCGGCUACCUGGCCGGCAGUCUGUCCGUGAUGUGCGACGCGGCGCACAUGCUGUCCGACUGCGGGGGGUUCGCGCUAGCCCUGCUGGCCUUCCACUGCGCCAAGCGGCGGCCCGACCUCGCCAUGUCCAUGGGGUAUAAGCGGGCUGAAGUGCUAGGCGCGAUGGUCUCCGUGCUCCUCAUCUGGGUGCUGACGGGCAUCUUCGUCUAUGUCGCGUGCGUGCGCCUGCGCAGCGGCGACUACAGCAUCGAGUCGGGCGCCAUGUUGGCCGUGAGCGGCGCGGGGGUGGCGUUCAAUGUGCUGCUGGCGAUUGUGCUGCAUGGGUGCGGGAAGGAUGUUGCCCACCACCACACUCACGGCGGCGCCGCCUGCGCCGGCCACGCGCCCGCGCCCGCGCCCGCUCGCAAGCAGCCCGAUUACUGCAUGAAAGAUCUAGUCGGGGCUGAGCCCAGCGUGGUGGGGGGGACUGACAGGAACAUAAACCUCCGAGCGGCGCUGAUCCACGUGAUCGGGGACCUCAUACAGAGCUGCGGCGUGCUGCUCGCCUCCAUUAUUAUUAGGAUUUACCCAGAAGCGAAGUUCAUAGACCCGGUCUGCACGUUCAUCUUCAGUAUACUAGUUCUGCUCACGUCGGCGCGCGUAGUGCGAGACGCACUCGGCAUACUCAUGCAGGGGGUGCCCAAGGACUUCAGAUACCGCGCGUGCGUGACGUCCCUGAGCGGCGUGUGCGGCGUGCGGCACGUGCACUCGCUGCACGUGUGGGCCAUGUCCACGGGGCACACGCACGUCGCCGCCCAUGUCGCCAUCGACGAGCUGACGGACCCCAGCGCGGUGCUACACGAGUGCCAGCGCAUCCUGCGCACCGAGCACUCCGUGUCGCACGCCACCAUACAGGUGGAAAGAUACACAGAAGAGAUGGAGCGCUGUAGCACCUGCCGGGACCAGCCGGCUGCGCUGCCAUGACACCUGCCCACUCUAUCUCUAUACGCAUAGGGAACAAACUCCAAUGGCGCUGUGCUAGAAUAAACCAGGUAUACUGCUGUGACCAAAUAUGGCGAAAGAUUGUGAAUAGAAGUGGUAUGGAUACAGUGGAUUUUUCCACCACGCUAC